AACUGUUUCGAGGAGAGAGCGUGAAAUGUAGUAGACUUUCUCCGGCCCCGAAGUCAAAAGUCAUACUACUCUGCUCUAUCUCUAAGCUCCCCGGCCUCGUCAGUUCAGGUGUUUAAGGGGUGACCUUCUUAUUCAUCUUCGUCUUCGCUUCUUCUACAUCUGUUUCUCAUUCGAUUGGGGAUUAGGUUUCACGGUUUACAAAAUUGACUGAAGAUGAGGAUCAUGGAUCAUAACAGAUCCAGAUAUCUUCAUCGCCAAACUACAAUUCUAUUUCUACAACUCAUCGCUAUAUUCUUCCUGUGCCUAGUAACAGGGUCCAAUGGAGCUUCUUCAGUGGGAUCUCGUAAAACUGGGAAAUCAUCAUCAGUGUUUUCCUUGUUUAAUCUUAAAGAAAAGAGUAAAUUCUGGAGUGAGUCUGUCUUGCACUCUGAUGUUGAGGAUCUGGAAACUACAAGCCCUGGAAAGGCGAGUCUCCAGAACUACACCAAGGCAGGUAGUGUUGCCGGUUAUAUGAAGCUUCUCGAAGUCGAUUCUUUAUACCUUCCAGUCCCUGUCAAUUUUAUUUUCAUAGGAUUUGAAGGAAAAGGGAACCAUGACUUCAAGCUUGGUCCGGACGAACUUGAGCGUUGGUUUACUAAGAUUGAUCACAUAUUUGAACAUACACGAAUUCCACCUAUUGGAGAAUCUCUCAGUCCAUUUUACAAGAUCGCCGUAGAUAAAUCACGUCGUCAUCAUCAGCUUCCUGUUGUCAGUCACGUAAAUUACAAUUUUUCUGUACAUGCGAUACAAAUGGGAGAAAAGGUGACGGCUGUUUUUGAGCAGGCCAUAAAGAGCCUAUCUCGCAAGGAUAAUAUAUCAGAUACCAGUGAUGAUGAAAAUGUUCUUUGGCAAGUAGACAUGGAGACAAUGGACUUGAUUUACACAAGCCUGGUCGAAUACCUUCAGCUUGAGGAUGCAUACAAUGUUUUCAUCUUGAAUCCCAAACGCAACAUAAGAGCUAAAUAUGGUUACAGGAGAGGCUUAUCUGAGUCAGAAAUAGAUUUCCUUAAAGAGAGUAUACCAUUGCAAAAAAAGAUUCUUCAGUCAGGAAGCAAGCAAGGAAGCGUGCUUGCUCUUGACAAGAUUAAACGACCUCUGUAUGAAAAGCAUCCAAUGUUAAAGUUUGCCUGGACAACAACAGAAGACAUUGAUACUGUAGAAUGGUCGGACAUCUGUGUAGAAGCUUUAGAAAAUUAUGACAAGUUGCACCAUGGAAACGAAACUGCUGAUAUCAUACAAAGGCAGGUCUUGCAGUCGAUGAAUGGGAAAAAUGAAGAUAUGAAGCUCCUCCUGGAGAAGGAGUUGAAAUCCGGGGAACCAGCUGGCCUUCAGGCAGAGUGUCUGACAGACACAUGGGUGGGAGGAAAUAGGUGGGCGUUUAUUGACCUGAGUGCAGGACCUUUCACUUGGGGUCCUUCUGUUGGUGGAGAAGGUGUUCGCACAGUACAUAGUUUACCAAAUGUGACGAAAACCAUUGGUGCUGUAGCAGAAAUGACAGAAGAGGAAGCUGAAAAUCAUUUGCAAGGGGCAAUUCAAGAUAAAUUUGCAGUUUUGGGUGAUAAGGAUCAUCACGCUAUAGAUAUCCUUUUAGCGGAAAUUGAUAUAUACGAGGCAUUCACAUUCAAGCAUUGCAAGGGAAGAAAGGUUAAGCUUGCACUUUGUGAAGAACUUGAUGAAAGGAUGGGAGACUUGAAAGAUGAGCUGCAGACUUUUGAAGAUGGGAAGUACGAUGAUAGUCAUAAGGCGAAGGCGCUGGAUGCGUUAAAACGAAUGGAAAGCUGGAAUUUGUUUAGUGAUACGUUCGAGGAGUCCCAAAACUACACUGUGGCACGUGAUACAUUCCUUUCUGACCUUGGUGCUACUUUGUGGGGGUCUAUGAGGCACAUAAUUUCUCCUUCAAUUGCUGAUGGAUCAUAUCAUCAUUAUGAGAAAAUAUCCUUUCAGCUGUUUUUUAUCACACAAGAGAAAGUCAGGCACAUGAUAAACUUACCUGUGGAUCUUAAGGCUCUCAUGGACGGGCUUUCCUCCUUGUUGUUACCAUCUCAGAAAGCCAUGUUUAGUCCACACAUGUUGCCUCUUUCAGAAGACCCAGCGUUGGCCAUGGCAUUCUCAGUGGCGCGGCGUGCAGCAGCUGUCCCACUGCUGCUAGUGAAUGGCACAUAUAGGACAUCAGUUCGUUCUUAUCUCGACACCUCCAUUCUCCAACAUCAGUUGCAGAGGAUAAAUGACCAUGGUUCACUUAAAGGGAAACAUGCACAGAGCAGAUCUACCCUAGAAGUUCCAAUAUUUUGGUUUAUACACAAUGAUCCCUUAUUAGUUGACAAACACUAUCAAGCAAAAGCUCUUUCUGAUAUGGUCAUUGUUGUCCAGUCAGAACAAACAUCCUGGGAAAGCCAUCUGCAGUGUAAUGGACGAUCGGUUUUGUGGGACUUAAGGAGACCUUUGAAAGCUGCUUUAGCCUCUACUGCUGAACAUCUAGCUGGUUUGCUUCCUCUUCAUCUGGUUUACAGCCAAGCCCAUGAAACUGCACUUGAGGACUGGAUAUGGUCAGUAGGCUGCAGUCCUUUGUCCAUCACUUCUCCAGGUUGGCACGUAUCUCAAUUCCAGACUGAUACCAUUGCUCGAAGCUAUGUCAUCACUACUCUUGAGGAGUCAAUACAGCUUGUGAAUUCAGCUAUUCAUCUCCUUGUGAUGGAGCGUACUUCUGAAAAGACUUUCAAGCUCUUCCAAUCUCAGGAGCGGGAGCUGGUGAACCAUUACAACUCGGUAGUUAGUUUGUGGAGAAGAAUCUCAACUGUUACUGGGGAGUUGAGGUAUGCAGAUGCCUUGAGGUUGCUGUCUCCACUUGAGGAAAAAUCUAAAGGGUUUGCUGAUUUCGUAAAUGCAACAAUCGCCUCAUUUCAUCCAAUUCACUGCACCAGAGGGAGGGAAGUUAAAGUAGAGUUUGACAUGACGACAAUACCGGCUUUCUUGAUUGUGUUGGGUAUUCUCUGGUUUGUUUUGAAGCCAAGAAGACCCAAACCCAAAAUCAAUUAAAAAGUUAGCAGUAGAGAGCAGAUAGUCACAGAUGAAACUGACUUUUUUUUUUUUGCCAAUGUUGGGUCAGUUACAGAGAAAUAUUGUAGUUAUAGAGGUAUAAACAGUUGCAGAAAAGAGGAAAGCAAAAUGUUGUAUUUAUUAGAAUCAAUUUUUUCUGUAUGGAUCCAAUUCUCAUGUUUAAGUGACAGUGCAUCUUGGGGCAGUA